ACAAUUUAAGCCCCGAAAUCAAAUAAAUUAUAAAAUGUGCUCAAGUCCUACUAAUCCAAUGAUCAAGGAGAAUACCUAUAACUCCGAGGGCAGCGUGCACCCUAAUGGCUUGGCCAAUAAAGUUAUAGACAACAUUUUGAAAGAGCAUCCAGGGCGAGGUCUCUACGAAGAGACGUCUUCUUUUGGGUCCUCGACAAGUUUCCCAUCAGGAAAGUCCAAGGCCAAAGUAGACCGUCGCCUGGAUUACUGGAAGAACAUGAUUAUUCAGCGUCGGGCGUUGCAAGAGAGGCUACGAAAUCAGUUGGGUAGAACUCCGGAAGAAAUGGUGUUAAAUCACCAGGGAAAGGUAGUAAGCCAUUUGGUGAGGGGCUUUGUGGAGACUGUAGGACUACCCAGACACUCUGCUGCUGAGUUGUUGGGAAGGGAAAACCCCAAAAAGGGGGAGGAGGACGAUUGUUCGACAGAGCUACCACCCAACAUCUGUAACCUAGAGGUGGUGGGCAGAAAGUACAAGGAUUGUCAUGAUGUUGAUGUUCCCCGCCCAAUAGCAAAUGUAAGGGACAGCUCCACUGUGCUCUCAAGGUCAAGUGGAGGGGGCGAGGUCGUCCAACCGAUUCAGGCGAUCCAACAAUCGUCCACCGGACCGGGUGUCCGAAUCAACGGAAUACAUUACUGGCCUCAUGUUCCAGAGUUCUCGCCCAUUGUGGACCGGACCUUCACCAGCCAUCCCUUCCAGCGCCACCUGCGCACCAUCGUUCGCAUCGAGAACUGCGGAAACCAAGUGAUUCGUUUCUUUUGGAGGCAGGUCAACUACUUCUCGAACAACGACACCCUCAUGGAACCCGACUCCGGGGACUUUGUAUUCGAUGUGACCUCCUUCAUGCUUUUUCCGGGCGAGUUACGGGAAGUUACGGUUCUGUACCAACCUCGAUAUGUGGCCAUUGUAAAACAGCGAUGGCUACUUCUGACGACACCACGCAUAUUCUUCUGCCGUCCCGCGGGCUUCACGUUAAACCUGAAUGGUCGUUGUACUCCGCCCAAGGAGUACUUGGAUCGCCUGAAAAUGGAGAAGCUCCAGGUGAUCCUCUUUGAGCCAUGUUUUCACCUGGAUCAGCGGAAACCGACCCUCUGUCCAUAUGAACGGGAGCUGGAGGACCGAGAGGCCUUCAACCGGCGCAACAGGAGCUUCCAGUGCCGAAGCCACGAAGAUUUUGUGCGACUCUUGGAGUUCUACAGGCGAAUAAAGCCUCUCCACUCAGUUUCUUUUACUCCUUGCUGGGAUUACAGUGUCCACUCGCUCAUCCACUUGGUGUGUAAUGGCCAGGACACUCGCCAGCGGAUUGAGCACUUUUCGGAACUAGCCCAACUGCUCGACGGAUUAAGAGGAACAUCUUCAUUGCCACUUGGCAGGAUGGACUCUUCUGAGAGAAUAAGGAAUCGCUGCCUCUCUAAAGCCAUCUAUGUGCGUGGAAUACUCGCCAGCAAAUUAGAGGAAUGGGAAGAGCAGGUGCAACUCCUUUGGUCAAGGAUCAGCAAAAGUGAAAGCAAAGACUGCCUGCAGAAGGCCAACCACUUUAACCGCUUCAAGUGCUUUAAGGACUCUAUCUACAUCCACUUAUAUAGACUCAUCUGCAGUGCGGCCGAGGAUAUUGUGUCGGUAAUCGAGAGCACAGCUCACAUCUAGUUGUCACCGAGUAUACAUACAUAAAUAAAC